AUGGAUCAGAAACAAAGGCCACAAGUAGAAGUCCCUACAACUCCAAGAGUUCUAAUUUUCCCCUUGCCGGCGCAGGGACAUGUCACCUCCAUGCUCACACUCGCCGAGCUUCUCAGCCUCUGCGGCAUCGACGUCACCUUCCUCAACACCGACCACGUCCAUAACCGCCUUUUUCGUCACGCUGACAUCGAAGCCCGGUUCGCCGACUACCCCGGGCUCCUAUUCAGAACCAUCUCCGAUGGCCUGCCGGACGACCACCCGCGCUCAAAUGACAGGUCAAUAACAGAGGUACUUCAUUCAAUGAUUGCGACAACCAAACCGGUGUUGAACGAGAUGCUUGUUUCUGGUGCAUUGGGAUCGGUGACUUGCAUUAUAGCUGAUGGAGCUUUUGCUGGCUUUGUUACUAAUUCAGCCUGUGAACUUCACGUUCCCAUAAUCUAUUAUCAACCAGCUAGUGCUUGCUGCCUCUGGACCCUCUUAUGUUUUGACGACAUCAUUAAAGCCGGGGAGCUUCCCAUUAGAGGAAAAGAAGACAUGGAUAGGAUAAUAACAAGCGUGCCUGGCAUGAAAAGCUUCUUAAGGUGCCGUGACCUGCCUAGUUUUUGCCAAGUGAACGACACAAGCGCCACAAAAAUCAAUCCAGUCGCUCGUGCAAUCCGUCAGAGCUGUAGUGCGCAAGGGAUUAUUCUCAACACCUUUGAAGAACUUGAAGGGCCUAUAAUCUCCCACAUUAUAAGAAGCUUCUGCCCUAAUACCUACACCAUCGGACCUCUCCAUGCUCACCUCAAACACAAAUUGGCCAAGAAGAACGUUUCAAAGUCUGACCAAUCUUCCAACAGUAUUUUUGAAGUCGACAGAAAGUGCAUGGAUUGGCUUGACUCUCAACCUCCCAAGUCUGUGAUCUACGUCAGUUUUGGAAGCAUUACAACCUUGACGAGAGACGCCCUACUGGAGUUUUGGCACGGCCUUGUGAACAGCAACGUGAGGUUCUUGUGGGUCGUGAGGCCGGACAUGUUGACCGGAGAAUGCGCCGGUGAGGUCCCGUCAGAGCUUCUGGAAGCGACGAGGGAGAGAGGGUACAUGGUGAGGUGGGCCCCACAAGAGGAGGUGCUGUCCCACCGGGCUGUGGGUGGGUUUUUGACUCAUAGUGGUUGGAAUUCAACUCUGGAGAGUAUAGUGGCUGGAGUUCCUAUGAUAUGUUGGCCUUAUUUUGCUGAUCAACAGAUUAAUAGCAGAUUUGUUGGUGAGGUGUGGAAGCUUGGGAUUGAUAUGAAGGAUGUUUGUGACCGGAAAAUUGUUGAAAAGAUGGUUAUCGAUCUGAUAGUGGAGAGGAGGGAAGAAUUCUUGAAAUCAACGGCUAAGAUGGCUAGGUUGGCAGGAGAAAGUGUAUGCGAAGGUGGGUUAUCGGAUUCUAAUUUUGAUCGUCUGGUAGAGUACAUAAGGCUGACCGCCAAGGAGAAAUCAGCCAGAUGA